GUUCUUCGGAGCGGGGCUCCCGGAGACGGCGGGUGGGAAAACCCGGCGCCCGGAAGCCUUUGCUUUCUUUGACGCAAGGGCUCGGGACGCAGCCGCCGUCGGCCGAGCGCCCGGCGAGGAGCGACCCCAGACGGAGGCUUCGGAGCCCCUCCGCCCCCACGGCUCCCGGCCCCCGAGCCUCGGCCUUCCUCGCCGUCCUCCUCGUGGCCAUGGAGUGUCCGCACCUCAGCUCCAGCGUCUGCAUCGCUCCGGACUCAGCCAAGUUCCCCAACGGCUCCCCGUCGUCCUGGUGUUGCAGCGUGUGCCGAUCCAACAAAAGCCCCUGGGUCUGUUUGACUUGUUCAAGUGUCCACUGUGGAAGGUAUGUGAAUGGCCAUGCAAAAAAACAUUAUGAAGAUGCACAAGUACCCUUAACUAAUCAUAAGAAAUCAGAAAAGCAAGAUAAACCUCAGCACACAGUGUGUAUGGAUUGCAGUAGCUACAGUACAUACUGUUAUCGCUGUGAUGAUUUUGUGGUUAAUGACACCAAGCUGGGACUGGUACAGAAAGUCAGAGAACACUUACAGAACUUGGAAAACUCAGCUUUCACAGCUGACAGGCAUAGGAAAAGAAAACUCUUGGAAAACUCAUCACUAAACAGCAAGUUAUUAAAAGUAAAUGGAAGCACUGCUGCCAUCUGUGCCACAGGCCUCCGGAAUCUGGGAAACACCUGUUUCAUGAAUGCCAUCCUCCAGUCACUCAGUAACAUUGAGCAGUUUUGCUGUUAUUUCAAAGAACUGCCCGCUGUGGAGUUAAGGAAUGGGAAAACAGCAGGAAGGCGAACAUACCACACCAGGAGCCAAGGGGAUAACAAUGUGUCUUUGGUGGAAGAGUUUAGAAAGACACUCUGUGCUUUAUGGCAAGGUAGCCAGACUGCAUUUAGCCCAGAGUCCUUAUUUUAUGUCGUUUGGAAGAUUAUGCCAAAUUUUAGGGGCUAUCAGCAACAGGAUGCCCACGAAUUCAUGCGCUACCUUUUGGACCACCUGCACUUGGAACUCCAGGGUGGCUUCAAUGGUGUUUCCCGCUCAGCAAUUCUGCAGGAGAAUUCUACUCUAUCUGCAAGUAACAAAUGUUGCAUGAAAGGGAUUUACAAGACAAACUCCCCAAAGACAGAAAGAAAAGCAAAUGGAGCAUCUACAGUUGUCACGGCUAUAUUCGGAGGUAUUCUCCAAAAUGAAGUUAACUGCCUCAUAUGUGGGACGGAAUCUAGAAAGUUUGAUCCAUUCCUAGAUCUUUCAUUAGAUAUUCCAAGUCAGUUCAGAAAUAAGCGCUCUAAGAAUCAAGAAAAUGGACCAGUUUGUUCAUUACGAGAUUGUCUUCGCAGUUUUACCGACUUAGAAGAACUUGAUGAGACAGAGUUAUAUAUGUGCCACAAAUGCAAAAAGAAACAAAAGUCCACUAAAAAGUUUUGGAUUCAGAAACUACCCAAGGUGCUAUGCUUACAUUUGAAACGGUUUCAUUGGACUGCAUAUUUAAGAAACAAAGUUGAUACCUAUGUAGAAUUUCCCCUGAGAGGCCUGGACAUGAAAUGCUACUUGCUAGAGCCUGAGAACAGUGGCCCAGAGCACUGCCUGUACGACCUUGCUGCUGUGGUGGUGCACCAUGGUUCCGGGGUUGGUUCUGGACAUUACACAGCAUAUGCAACUCACGAAGGUCGCUGGUUCCAUUUCAAUGACAGUACUGUGACACUGACUGAUGAGGACACCGUCGUGAAAGCAAAGGCCUACAUCCUUUUCUAUGUGGAACGCCAGGCCAAAGCUGGAUCAGAUAAACUUUAAUACCUCCUUCAAAUCAUUAUUUGUCAACUAUACCGGACAAACAUUUCCAAUUUUCCGUAAAUACUUGAUCCAAGAUUUAAUUUCAUUAUGCACUUUUCAAUUUCCUAUUUUGGGUUUAGUUUUAUUUUGUCAAUGGUAGUGACAUAUUGAACAUGGGCACCAACUAAUUUGUUUUUUUAGUUCUACCAGAAAACCUCAGCAGAUACUUUGAUUUGCUGCUUUAGUUGUAAUAAUUCAGUUUUUAUAUGUAGUUUCAAGAACUUAGUUCUGUUUGACUUUUUUAUAUUAAUGUUUUCAGUUCUCACUUUGAGGCACAUUUACAUCAAUGCUUUGUUACUCUCACAUGCUGAAAGCAAGAUGUGUUCCUGAUAGUGAAGAGCAACAUAACUGCCUGCUGCCUUUCACAGCUGUAACAGAUCAGGUUGACUUAAAUCCAGGAUCAUGUGUGCACGUAACUUGUGGCCCACAAGAUUUCAGUGACUACUCAGUAAUCGUUCUUUUUGAUUGUAAAAGAGAACUGGGAGGGCAUCCUUAAGUAGACCAGGUAAUCGCUGCUCUUGGUAUCUCAAGGCUGCUGUUUAUCAGCACAAACUAAAUAAAUUGGUUGGUUCAGUUGGACCUGUCCUGCAAAUUCAAGAAUUACUCUUUUUGAGUUUGUUUGUUUGGGGGAUAUUUUUUGCUUGUGUGCGUGUUCGUGGAGAUAGGAGUAUAGAAAAGUCCAAAUAAGACCAAACACAUUUAUGGUUUAAAAAUCUCUGACUCCUCCCCAUGGUCUAGAUGGUGUCCAGUGAGAGAAAACCAUAGCUUAUUUACCUUUCAAACCAGCAUCUAGUUCCCCCACUGGCUAGUGCGGGGAAUAACUACAUGCCCACUUUUGUCUUAUUUCUUGCUUGGUCAUCCGAGAUGGAGAUGCUGACCUCCAGAGUGGAUUCUGACUUUCACCUACACUUCAGGUAACACUAUGGGGUCUGCUUCUACAGAAGGAAAUUGGAGUCUUUGCUACCUUUACAACACUCACCGGCCUAUCCUGAGAGCAGAGCAAACUCUCAUUCUCAUUUUGAAGAGUUUGUAUUCUUGAGCUUUUAAGAGUCUUUGUUUAAUAAUUGUUUUCAAGAAAAAUAGGUACAAACACUAUUAAGAUUUAACUUAAAUUGAAAUUUGGAACCAGAAUUCCAUGUAAGGAAGUUAACUGUGAAUUUGCAAAAUUUCAGGCCAGUCUAUUGAUUUGGUGGGCAGGCAGUGGGUGGUGGCAGUACUUAUUUAUAGGGAGAACGCACUUCCAAGUAGGGCCGUGGCGUAGUACCGUGCACCAUUUUCAGCGCAUCUCUUGUUCUAGUCAGGUAUUUUCUUCUCACUUCUCUACAAGUUGUGUGAGAGGCAGAAUGUCAUUCAGAUUAAGCUGGCCAACCAGACUUUUUGGUAAUCCUGUCUUUUCUAUUAAAAGAAAAAAAAAUUUAAAAGUAUAUUAAUAGUCUGGCUGUCCUUGUGGGUCAGAUAUUUGAAGCUGCAGGAGCAGAGAUGGCUCCAUUUCCAUUCUAAUAUUCAUUAGAUAAAUUUCGUGUUUUCUUAGAGCAGAAAUCAGCUGCUGAACACUUUAACAUGACCAGGACCAAACUGCAGUUGCAUCUAAACUUGUACCAUCCAGUAUGGCAGUCGCUAGUCACAUGUGGUUAUUAACAUUCUAAUUAAAAUUAAGUUUAAAACUCAGUUCUUCAGUCACACUAGCUACAUUUCAAGUGCUCAGCAGCCACCCGUGGCAUAGGACCGCUUAGGGGUAGGGCAGCUCCAUCAGCAUGUAGAGUUCUCUUGGGACAGAGAGAAAAGCUUUGGUGUUUGGGCUUUACAACUUAGAGUCUAGAAGGAAAUUAAGAGGGAAACAUAUUUACAAUAGUUAAUGCUAAAUACAUUAGGUUGAACCAUAUGAAAUUGUGUUUAACCUUUUGAUCUACAAAAGUGAAAGAUUAGUUUGACCUAAUCUAUUAAUACAUUAACACCACAUGCAGUUGAACUUGGAAUGUGCACUUCUUUGAUCUGCUCAGUAUCUCCGGGAAUCCAGCCUCUCUGACUUAGAAGGUAAACAGCUGUGACUUCUAACAUUUGCACUUACUCCAUCUCUCUGAAUGGGCAGUCUGGAGGACUUCGGCAAUAUAAUAUAGCCUUGGACAGUGCUGAUGUUGGUGGAGAAAAAUGGUCUUUUGAUACCAAAAGGAACUCGGCAACAGCCAGACUACUUUGUUGGGGAGAGUGGUCCUCAGACAGGCAGCACUGCUGGCUUAAGAGAUGGACGCAUCUCCCCUUUGAGUUUCUGGAGCGUUUUUAUUGCUCGAUUUUACUUAAGCUGAAAUGUUUGAAAGACAUUAUGAAGGCUCUUGGGAAAAGUGAUUGGAUCCAUUUGAAUUGUGCAUUUGAACACCAGUGAUGUAAAUGUGCCUAUUUGUAUUUAAAAAAUUUAACUGUGUAGCCUUAUCACACCUAUUUUAAAAAGCUGAUCUUUGUGUGCUCUUCAGGGCUUUCCCCUCAUGCCAUGUCGUCUCUGUGUGUGUGGCUUCUCGCAUGGAGACCUUACGCGGAGGCAGUGCCUCACUCUGCCACAUGGCUCCCUGGAACAAGGAAACUUCCUCAGAAGUCCUCCCACACACGUGGGUGAUAGAAACAGUUUGUGGCAACACAAAUCUCUCUCCAUGGUGGAGAAACCUUUGCUUAUCCACUGUAUUCUACUCAGUGUCUAGUGAUGACAUAUGUAAUAGAAUUAAACAAGUAAAGUGUACAGGCCCUGGUUAAGUGUUAAAUGUGUAUCUCACCUGGGGAACCUGCUCAGCAGCUUGGUUUCUGGGGUUGGGGACAUAUUUAUUUCUUAAAAGCCAAACUGCUCUUUCAUUGGUUUCGUGUACAUAUGUUUAUUUAGACAUACUUCAUCCACCUUCAUCCCCACUGUCCCUGAACUCCCUCACAUACUCUGUUGCUGAAGUGGCCUCUUCAGUCGGGCCCGGAAAAGGCUCAGGAGCAGUCUGUUCCUGCCGCCAGGGCCCGGGUCCGGGUGGCCAGGGUGCAGCCUUGGGACUGUGCACGCGGGGGGGUUGUGCGGUAGAGCGAUGUCCCCGCAGCCCUUCAGUGCUGUGACGGGUCUCUCGGGUGCGGACCCGACGGGCUCCAGCCCCCCUGCCCCCCACUGCUGGCUGUGGCUGACAUGAUCAUUCCCAUGGAAGCCUAGUCUGUAUGAUGCGAGAGGCUUAACUGCAAGUGACUGAUGUCAUUUACGUUGUAAUCACAUCCCUUUUCUGCUUCACCAACCUGAACUCUUCUAUGGAUGAAAGUAUCAUUAAAGUUCUGGUCUCUUUC